GCCCGUCUUCGUCGUUGGCCUGGGAUCAAUGCCGGCUCUCGGUCUCGUUCAGGACCCUUCCAGGAUAGUGGCAACGGCCGCCUCGAGCCUGCAAAGAGCGGGCGCGGCCGGGGGGGGGGGCGUACUCAUUUGUUGCUUGCCGUAGUCAUUUGACCAUUGACCACGCGUCCCUUUCGAGACGGAGCACCGUUCCUACCCCUACUAGAGACACCACCAACAUUUGGGAGCUCUUUACGUUUCUGCCACAAACUACAUAAAAAUUCCUUGCACAUCUUAUCCCCGUCCUCUACGGCCUCUUGUGCCCACCAUCUAUCCCCAAUUACCGCGAUCGUUUUUUCGCUGUUGUCUAAUUUACCAAACUUGUCCAUGUCACACCCUCUCUGUCUCAUGUCCUCCUCGAGAUCCUCUCUUUCCUUCCUGUACAGCUCACACUCCCCAACUAUGUGGGGUCUACUCUCCUCCGAUUUGCCACAUGGACAUGUCUGUCUAUCCUCCUCUUCCUCUCUCCUACGGCUGCUGUACCUCUUCCUCCGUUCUGGCAAGUCCAGAUCGCCUACUCGAAAUUGCAACUUCAGUUUUUUUGCGUAGUCCAUGGGGCCGUCCAAGUAACUCUUCAUCCCUAUCCCUUCUUUCAACUUCCCGUAUAUCUCCAAGUGGUCUUCGCUUCGUACCUUCUUCCGAAGGGUUGCCUCCUCCCUACUUUCUAGCAUCUCCUUGACUUUCUUCUUGAACCCCCCGAACCCUUCCGUGUCCAAUGUCUCCUCCUCGUCUCCUAUCUCCUUCCAAACCCUCUCUACCACCUUGUCCCAUCUGAUUCCUUUCUUCCCUGGAGUCGCUUUUCCCCAAGCUGCCUUGUCAACCAUGGCUGGUAGUCUAUCGUCCGACAUUCUACUUACCUUGUACUGCCAAUUCAACUUUUGCAUGUCUCUCUUUGUUUUAAGAGAGUACAUUCCCAGUUCUGCUCUCAAUACAGUGUUGCUCGUUGUACUUGAACAUCCUAGUAUUUUCUUGGCCGCUGCCAUCUGCACCGUUUCCAGCUGCUUGACGGCCUUUUCGUUACCUUCCCAUACCUCUCCUGCAUACUCUAGCUUAGGUACAAUCACAUUCAAGAGAACACACCUCUUAAUCCUAGUGUCUAGGUGUGGGUCCGUAAGGAUCUCGUCCAUCUUGCCUAUCUGAGCUUUACCCUUCCCAAUCAACUUUGCUAUGUGUGCGUCCCAUGAGCACUCCUUCGAAAUCUCUACUCCCAGGUACGUAUACCUGUCUACUACCGGUAGUUCUUCCUCCCCCCAUUUCCAUUUGAAUUCUACGGGAUUUUUCUUGUCUUCGUUACAGACCACUACUGCGCAUUUUCCUACGUUCGCCGACAGUCUCCAUUUUCGGGUGUAUCCUACUGCCGCAUCUAUUUGUUCCUACAACCCUUCUGGUGUUUCAGACACCCCCACGAAAUCAUCUGCAAACAUCAGUCCGGACACACUCUUUCCCCCUACUUGGACUCCCUGUCUUACUGCUUCAACCGCCCUUAUCAAGUCGUUGAUGUAAAUCUUGAAAAGAGUGGGUGACAUCGUACAGCCCUGUGCGACUCCUUGGAGUAUAUCCACGUACUUCGAGAUUUCCCCAUCCAACAUCACUGCACUUCUUGUGCAUUCUGUCAUAUUUUUCAACAUCCUCCACAUUUUUCCCCGGAUCCCUAUCUCCCACAUCUUUUUCCACAAUCAAUUGCGCCAAAUGGUGUCGUAGGCUUUUUGUACAUCUAGGAAGAAACAGUAUGUCGUACGCCCGGCGUCUUUCCUACCUUGGAUAAUUUUACUCAACGUAUAUACAUGGUCUACACAACUACGAUCUGGUCUAAAUCCAGCUUGUCCUUCGCUGAUCUUUUGUUUCCCCUCCAACAUGUCUCCCAUUCUAUUGUUAUCAUCUUGCCAAAGAGUUUCCCCACUGUGCUCAGCAAGGUUAUCCCUCUAUAAUUCCCCGGGUCAGUUUUAUCUCCCUUUUUGAACAGGUUCACGACUACUCCUUCUCUCCAUCUCUUUGGCGCGUACUCGUGUUUCCAUAUCCAGUUGAAUAUCCGGACCA